AUGGCGGAAGCUGAGUCUUUCCGCCUCCUGCAGGCCCGUUUCAGCACAUCAGGCCUAGCAACAACUUAUGAAAUCGUUCAAGUUCCAGGUGCGUCAAGAGUGGAUGCAAUUUUCCGCCCAAAGUCGUCCAGUGUUGGAGGCCUCUGUCUUCAGCUCAAAGCUGCCAACUCGUCGGGAAACCGGGGAAUGUCCUACGCAUUCAGACACACACAAGGCUAUGCAGGAAUGUUGCUUCUUCUGGUGCCUUUGGAUCUGGAUAUUCUUUGGGCCGUCCCAGGCAGCCGGAUUACUCAAACUGGUGUGCAAGUAACCCUCGGUUCGAAGCGCGACCGGUCAUGGCGGGUGCUUGAACUUGGUCGCACUCUGGAGUGGUUUUUCCACCAGCCCGCAACGUUUCCGCAUGUCACAUUUUCUGACGCGGCGCUCCAAAGCUGCGAAGCCCACCUUCUAGAAGCAAAGGCCCACAACCUCAUGGCCAAGGCUUUGUCAUCAGUGAACUGUCACCUCAUUCGGUCAGGUAUUGCUUCUGCGCCUGUCGACUCAAGGAUCAGGACAGGCAUUCACACAUGGGACGUGCAGGAGAAAGCUACUCGCUUGCACAAAUCACGCAGCGUGGGCCGGUACAUGGCCAAUCUGUUUAGGCACGGUGGGGCUCUGGGCCGACUUGCGUAUGAUGAGCAUGACUUCGAUGUGUUGCUGGUAGCCAUCUUGGAGGGAGAGGCCUUGCUCGGCAUGUUUAUGUUUCCCGUCCAUGUGCUUGCAGCACGUGGUCUAGUGGGACACAAGCCCAUGCAGCUGGCCUUGUACCCGCCAUGGAAGCUGCCUGCCAAGAAGGGCUGUAGACUUAAACAAGCAUGGCAGCUGGAUUACUUCAUUGGCUUACAGGACUGGGAUGGAGAUUCAUCUCUCUGCAAGCAAGCACAGAGCCGUCUACUCGAGCUGGUGCAAAAACUGCCACUAAGAAAGAAUACCUUUUGCAGGAGCGAUAGCAGGAUGGACGGAGACGGAAAACAGGAUCUGGCGGACCUCUCAGAGGAGGAGUUCAGCAGCAGGAGCUCCACAAAGCUGGGCCGUCCCGAAGCCCGGACGACGCUCCAGCUGGAGGCUGAGGCCGACAAGCCCAACCCAACCGCAAUGGACUGGCGCAGCAAGGGCGUGGUGACCGCCGUGAAGGAUCAAGGUGGAUGUGGGUCUUGCUGGGCAUUCUCAGCAACUGAGACUGUGGAAUCCCACUAUGCCAUCCAAUCUGGCAAGUUGCUCACUCUGGCGCCUCAGACCUAUGUGGACUGCGUGGAGAAUCCCCAGGAAUGCGGAGGAACUGGCGGCUGCGAGGGGGCCACCAUGGAGCUUGCCUUCAACUUGACCAUCACAAAGGGCAUCGCUCUUGAGACCAGCAUGCCUUACAAGGGCAGGGACGCUUCCUGCCCAACCUACACCCCAGCUGUGAAGGCCUCCGCCUACGUGAGGCUCCCCGUCAAUGACGCCUCCGCGUUGGAGACUGCCUUGGCGACGAAGGGGCCCGUGUCUGUGACUGUGGCAGCGGGAUCAUGGCAGCUGUAUGGCGGAGGCAUUUUCAGCGGCUGCAGCCAAGGUUCGGACAACACCUUGGACCAUGGUGUCCAGGCCGUCGGCUAUGCGAAGGACUAUUGGCUGGUGAGGAACUCUUGGGGCCCAAGCUGGGGGGAGAAAGGCUACAUCCGAUUGUCGCGGGCCAGUGACGAUAAGACCUUCAUCGAUCACCGCCCCGCGGAUGGCGAAGCUUGCAAGCCCUACCCAAAGACGCAGACAAUCGGUGGAGAAUGUGGAGUCCUCUUUGACAGCUCCUACCCCACGGGGCUCAGCGCUGGUGCUGAGGAGAUCAUGGUGUAG